AUGGCAAUUCGGACCGGUGAUAUAGUGGGUGAAGUUCAUUCGGCCCAUCAAUUUGAUGUUGAUGCCCUUCUCAGAUAUGCCUCUGCUAAUGUUGAAGGAUUCCCUUUAACCCCUUCUGAGUUUAAUGUUUCUCAGUUUGGUCAUGGUCAAUCAAACCCUACCUUUCUCCUUGAAGUCCAUUCGGGGUCCACAUUUAAGCGGUAUGUUCUCAGAAAGAAGCCUCCUGGGAAGUUACUCCAAUCUGCUCAUGCCGUUGAGAGAGAAUAUCAGGUUUUACAUGCUUUAGGCACUCAAACAAUAGUUCCUGUCCCUAAAGUAUUCUGUUUGUGUACCGAUUCAAGUGUUAUUGGGACACCAUUUUACAUUAUGGAGUACUUGGAAGGGCGCAUUUUCAUAGACCCCAAGUUACCGGGUCUUACACCAGAGGAAAGAAGGGAGAUUUAUCGUGCAACAGCUAAAGCUUUGGCUUCAAUCCAUUCUGUUGAUGUGGAUACCAUUGGUCUAGGAAACUAUGGUAAAAGGAGCGACUACUGUAAGCGACAGGUAGAGAGGUGGGCCAAACAAUAUAUCAAUUCUACAGGUACAGGCAAGUCACCGAGAAAUCCAAAAAUGUUAGAGCUUGCUGACUGGUUACGGAAUCACAUUCCACCUGAAGAUUCUUCUGGAGCAGCUGGUUUAGUACACGGUGACUUCCGGAUUGAUAAUCUUGUGUUUCAUCCUAUUGAGGCACGAGUUAUUGGCAUUCUUGACUGGGAAUUAUCGACCUUGGGCAAUCAGAUGUCUGAUGUUGCUUAUAGCUGCUUGCAUUACAUUGCUGAUAUUUCAUCGGGGAAUGCCGUAGAGGAGAAUGAAGGUCGCGAACUCACGAACUUUCCAGACGGAGUUCCUUCACUGCCAGAAUAUCUGUCUUACUACUGUUCUGCAGCAGGAAGAGAAUGGCCUGCUGCUCAAUGGAAGUUUUAUGUGGCAUUUUCAUUGUUUCGUGGGGCAUCAAUCUAUGCUGGAGUACAUUGUAGAUGGAUUAUGGGUAAUGCUUCUGGAGGUGAGCGUGCUCGACGGACAGGGCAAAUGGCUGAUUCUUUCAUUAAAGUUGCAUGGCUACUUGUCCAGCGGGAUUCGGUUCUACCUCUGCACCCACCAUCUGAUGUGCAAGAAUACAAAAGCUGGAAAAUGGAUGGAGAGACCAAGGGACCAAUUUCAUCAAUGGGUGGGAAGUUUGUUCCAAGUCAGAAAGUUCAAAAUUUGAGAGAUCGACUCCUAAGAUUCAUGGAGAAUCAUAUAUACCCAUUGGAAGGUGAAUUUUAUAAACUUGCUCAGUCUUCCAACCGUUGGACGAUUCAUCCUGAGGAAGAGAGGUUGAAGGACCUUGCUAAAACAGAAGGACUGUGGAACUUGUUUAUACCGGUUGACAGUGCUGAUCGGGCAAGUAAACUAUUGUUCAGUGGUCAUUCUGGUGCUUCAACUGGAAAGACUGGUGAUCUGUUGUUGGGCGCAGGGCUCACGAAUCUUGAGUAUGGUUACCUUUGUGAGAUCAUGGGCAGAUCUAUUUGGGCACCGCAGAUUUUUAAUUGUGGAGCACCUGAUACUGGAAAUAUGGAGGUCUUGCUGCGAUAUGGUAGUAAAGAACAAUUGGAAAAAUGGCUUCUUCCCUUGCUCGAAGGACGCAUUCGAUCUGGCUUUGCAAUGACAGAACCCCAAGUUGCAUCUUCUGAUGCAACCAAUAUUGAAUGUUCAAUUGAAAGACAUGGAGAUUCAUAUAUCAUCAAUGGAAAAAAAUGGUGGACUAGCGGGGCUAUGGAUCCGAGAUGCAAGCUUCUGAUCGUAAUGGGAAAAACUGAUUUUACAGCUCCAAAGCAUAAGCAACAGUCAAUGAUCUUAGUUGACAUUAACACACCAGGGAUAAACAUCAAAAGACCACUCACAGUAUUUGGCUUUGAUGAUGCUCCGCAUGGGCAUGCAGAAAUCUGGUUUGAGAAUGUGCGCGUCCCUGCCACAAACAUUUUAUUGGGAGAGGGGCGCGGUUUUGAAAUUGCCCAGGGUAGACUAGGUCCUGGAAGGCUGCAUCAUUGCAUGAGGUUGAUUGGUGCCGCAGAACGUGGUAUGCAGAUGACAGUUGAAAGGGCCCUGAAAAGAAAAGCUUUCGGAAAAUUGAUUGCGGAACACGGUUCAUUUCUUUCAGAUAUUGCCAAGAAUCGAAUAGAGUUGGAGAGGACCCGAUUGUUGGUUUUGGAAGCUGCGGACCAGCUUGAUCGCUUCGGAAAUAAGAAAGCUCGUGGAACUAUCGCUAUGGCCAAGGUAGCAGCACCAAAUAUGGCCCUGAGGGUCCUGGACAUGGCAAUGCAAGUACAUGGAGCAGCCGGAUUGUCUGGUGACACGGCGCUUGCCCAUCUCUGGGCUACUUCAAGGACUUUGAGGAUCGCAGAUGGCCCGGAUGAAGUCCAUCUGGGAACAAUCGCAAAGUUAGAGCUGCGAAGGGCUAAACUCUGA